UUUCUGCGAAAAUCAAGAUACAAAUAUUGAAAUUAUAAAAAGCCAAAUUAUUAAAAGAAAUGUUAGAAUGAUAAAAGUAUUUUAUUUGAAUAAUUCGAGUAGCUUAGCUUUUUUUUGCCCAUUCGUUCAACUUCAGACUCUAGGUGUUAAGAUGCAGAUAUUUUCUACAUCAUCAAGUAAAAACUUACGUAAAUUUGAUAAGAAGAGAGGAUUUUAUUUCAAAAUUAAUAAUAAUGGAGUUAUUAAACGGAUAAAAUUGUAUAAAAUAGGACUCGAAAAUCUCCAAGGAAAAACACUAAAAGUAGCUGUAUUACCAUGGAAUUUAUCGAUGGUUAUAAAAAUGGAAGGAAAUAAAAUAAUUCCUCAAGCUGGAAUAGAUUAUAAUUUACUCAAAGUCAUAGCUUCUAAACUGAAUUUUUCGUAUAGUCUUUUAACUCCCAAAGACAAACAGUGGGGAGUGAAAAAAGAAAAUGGAGAAUGGACAGGAUUAAUUGGAAUGUUACAAACAAAAGAAGCAGAUAUUGCCUUAGCCACUUUAUCGAUCACAGAGGAAAGAAAAAAGGUAGUAAGCUUUACUCUUCCUUACAUAACUCAAAGCGUUACUUUUGUAACUCAUUCUCCCCAAGAAAAAUCAAAGGCUUUGGCUGUUGUUAGGCCAUUUCCUAUUCAGCUGUGGAUAGGAGUUAUUUGUACAUUUAUAAUUUUUGGUUUAAUUAUACAUUCGUUUAUUCAUCUAGAACGUAAGCUAAGUAUUAGCCGAAUUUAUUGGUAUAUGUUCGAAACACUUAUGUUAAAAGGUGAUAGCUGUUAUUUUAUAGAAACGAGAAUUCGCUUUAUGAUAAUUUCAUGGUUUUUUGCUGGUUUAGUUUUGACUGCUUCUUAUUCUGGAAUUCUUACGUCUUUUAUGUCAUUACCUGGACAUUAUUCACCGAUAAACUCGGUAGCUGAACUUAAAACGGCCCUCUUACAAAAUCGUUUACAAUGCGGUACUAUGAUUGGAAGUGCAGAAUAUGAUAGUUUUGUGAAAAGUAAAUCAGAAACCAUGAAGACAAUUGGAAAAUACAUUUUGAAAAAAGGGAACAGUGGAUCAUCUGUCACAGAUCUACUUACAAAAACAUUAGAAGAAGACUUUGCUCUAAUCUUGGAUCGAGUUGGUGCACUGGCUGCAAUAAGUCAAUUUGGAGAAUGGAAAUUUCAUGUCUCUAGUGAUUCAUUUUAUAGCAAUUCCUUGGCCAUAGCUCUUCAACAAAAUUCAUCAUUCACAGAAUAUUUCAACGAAAUAAUUCCAAAAUUACUUCAAGCAGGACUGGUCAAAAAGUGGUUCAAUGAUCAUCUAUUAAAAAUGAAAAUGUUAGCCCCUGUACAACAGGAUAAACGUGUUCAAUGCUUGCGAUUAGAUGAUGUGCAAGCUGCCUUUUAUAUACUUUUUAUCGGAUAUUUAUUGUCUUUGGCUGCACUUUUGGGAGAGUUUUUUUGCAAACACAUAAUUACCAAAUCGCUAAACUGUUCGAUUGUCUAAAAUAUUUCAAAUAAUAAUCAUUUUAUAAAGAAAAUCAACCUCUCACUGAGCAUUAAGUCGAAGCGACGUUUAUCAUGUAGAACGUAUUUCAGAAUAAUUUUAGUUAGUUGGAUUUGGGAUGUUUGUGGCACAAGGACCUAGGUAGGCCAAAGAGUGUAGUUACGCUACCAGGUCUUUUAGGUCUUAAAAUGUCAUAAUUGUUCUGUUGUAUGUUCUAGAGUUCUAUAUAUAAGUUUAUUGCCUUCUGAUAUUCUAUUUAAUCUUUCUGUUUUACAGUCAUUGGCACUAUCUAAGCGAUGGAUCUUAGAAACUUUAAAUAAAAUAGUUUACACUUUUCAAAAUUUCGAUAGAUAUUUCUUAAAUAGCACACAAAUUGCAAAAUUAUUAACCACCAUUUUAAACAAUUUCGGAAGGUUUGCACUAUAACCGACAGACUUUGUGACUAGCAAUGAAAUAGUUCAGCUCAUAUACUACUUGUCGCGAUUUAAUGGCACUUGCUUGAAAAAAAUAGACGAUUUUGUAAAUGUUAAUGAAAAGAUUUCAAAAUUUUAAAACGUUAUAGUUUAGCAAUCUGAAUAGGGCUUUAAAUGUAACAAAAAGCAUUUCUGG